AUGUUCGAACCGGUGCGUGGAGGAACUCGUGGUGGCCAGGCUGAGUUCAAGUGGUCGGACGUGUCGCAAGACAAGGACCGUGAGAACUACCUGGGUCACAGCAUCAACGCCCCGACCGGGCGAUGGCAGAAGAACAAGGACAUCCAUUGGUACCAGCGCGACCUGGACGACAGCGAAGAGGCGCGAAAGGAGGAGCUGAGGAAAGUGAAGGAGGCCGAGGCGGAAGCCUUGGCCGCGGCCCUCAGAGGGUUCGCCCCCGGGGCCAAACCUAGUGGGAGCGACGGUGCAGGGACCGGGGCCAACGCGAUCGCGGUGCCCGUGAAGGCCUCUUCCUUGGACGAUCUGGACCCGGAGAAGGAGGAGCGGCCGCUGCGCAAGGCGCAGAAGAAAGAGGAGAAGCGGCUGAAGAAGGAGCAGCGGCAAAAGGACCGGGGCGACGCAGCGAGCGAAGACCGUCGGCACCGUCGCUCGCGGUCUCGCUCCCCACUACGGAGGGAUCAGCGCCGGUCGGCAUCUCCCAGACGAAGAGACCGUUCGGCGGGGCCGGGCGAGCGUGCGGAACGCGCACGCACGCCGCCACGUCGGAGGGCGGAGGGGCGCGACUACGACGAGGAGGCCAGGAACAGGGAGCGGGAGAUGGCGCGGCGGCGGUGGGACGGCAAUGCGAGUCGCGACCGGCCGUCGGGCUCGCGCUGGGGGAGGUGUUGA